AAGAGCAACGUUACCCAUGCCUAAACUUGAUCAGAAACACGCAACAAUUUCUCCCACCUGCAUAGUAAAUCCAAGUUCCAACCAGAGUGACAGCAAUUAGGGGAGAGAGAGAGAGAGAGAGAGAGAGAUUCUCCCCCUAUAUGAUGAGAAGUCUGGUCAUCGCUAUCAGUGUUCACACUGGGAAAGAGAGAGUCGGCAAUGCAAACCCAAAUUUCUUAAUACAAAUUGAACCUGAAACAUUUUUGAGUUUUUUAAAAAGGUUCUUCGAUGAAAGUUAAAGUCCAAACCCAAAGCUUUCGGAUUUCUGCACUUUCCUUCACUUUCUGUGUUCUGCUUUUCUCCAAGAAACUCCCACUUUGUACAGCUUCAACUUUCCUUCAAAUCCUCUUUUUCUUCUCAACCCUUUUUUCUGUGUCCUCUUCUCUGUUUCUUUUCUCUUCUUUGUCACCACCUCACAUCUUCCAAGCUCCAAUCCCUUUAACAAACCCAACAAACCAAUUAUCAAAAACCCAAAACUAAAAACAACAAAACCUCCAAGUUCUGAUCAAUCAAUUUUUGUGUAAAAAAUGCAAGACCCAUCAAUGUAUCAACAAAUGAAUCCCCAAUUCCCAGAACACGAGCAGCUAAAAUGUCCACGGUGUGAAUCAACAAACACCAAAUUCUGUUACUACAACAACUACAAUACGUCACAACCACGCCACUUUUGCAGGAACUGCAAGAGGUAUUGGACUAAAGGAGGCACUCUUCGCAACGUACCAAUCGGCGGUGGCACUCGCAGCAAGAACACCAAGCGCACUUCUUCAAACCCCAAACGCUCUUCUUCUUUUUCUUCUUCUUCAUCUUCAUCGUCCACCACAGCUCGAGCCGACGCAACACCAGAACCAUCGGAUCUCGAGCGGGGCCGUCCGAUGAUAGAGGCGAAUGGGCAAUUUGGGAAUUUGAUGGAGGGUAUGAAUCCAAAUCAUGGGUCGAUAGCGCAAUUGGGUGAGUUUGGAGAAAAUCUGAAUUCGAAAUCGGGGUUGCAGAGUUCAAGUAACAAUUUUGACAACUUGAUGGGUUUUCAGAGUGGUGAUGGGUGGCCUGAUCCUGCCAUUUACACACCAGGUUCGACCUUGCAGUAACUCAAUGUAUGUUUGAGAGGAGAGAAUUGGAUUUCUUCUACUUUUUGAUAAAUAGUACUAGUAAGGUUGGGCUUUUAUUAUUGUUUCGUUUUAAUUAUUGGAAUUCUUCGUUUUGUAAAAUUUAUAUAUUAUUUAUGAAAUAUUUAAGUUGAUUGAAAUCAUCAACUAAUUUAA